CUGGGGGAGGCCCCACGGCACAUGGCAGGUUGUCACAGGGCUCUUUGUGACACAUGAUGACAGUACUGGUGGUGAGGUGGCCAUGCCUCAGUGCUCCUCGGAGCAUGCGACACGACAGACGGGACAGAGUGGUGCUGUGUGGAGCCCCCACGCAGCCAACUCUUUCCCUGCUGAUCCAGAGCGUUUUGGAGGCUUUUCUGUGCUGCAAGCGUCCUUGAGGCCAGACCGUGGGACUUGGUGACACGGAGCUUUUGUGAGGUGUCCCCAAUCCCUGCGGCAGCUGCCCUCGAGGCCGAACUGCAGGACUUGCUAACCCCUAGCAUUUGCUAGACUUUUCUGUCUUUCAGGUGUCUUCGAGCCCAGACUGCAGGACUUGAUAACCCAUAGCGUUUCUUAGGUUUUUCUCUCUUUCAGGUGCCCUCGAGGCCAGACCACAGGGAUUGGUGACCUGGAAAUUUUCUGGAGUCUCCAAUCCCUGCGGUAGGUGGCCUCGAGGGCAGCCUGCCGGACUUGGUGACCCGGAGAUCUUCCGAGGUUUCUCUCUCUUGCAGGUGCCCUCCAGGCCAGCUGUGGGAUGGCAGGAAGAUGCCUGAGCCUGCUCAGGCCCUUUCGGAUGAAGAAGAAGAAGAAGAAGAAGAAGGAAGGCCCUGAGACUUCCCCUGCACAGCAGCCUGAGGAGAUGGAGCAGUUGUAUCCCCUGCAGGAGGAUUCAGGCCGGCACCAGACACAGGAGCAGGACCGUGCCCGUGGUCGCUUCCGCAGAGCUGAUCAGGCCUUUCUGAAAUUCAUGGGCAUUCAGCGUAGAAAGACCAGGACCUCACCAACUGAGGUCAUGGCACAGCCUGACACCAGGCUGACCAAGCUGACGGCAAAGCCUUAUGUCGGCACUGCACCAACUGAUCGCACAAUGAAGUCUGACCCCGCAUUGAAUGAUCACACAAGAAACUCUGACACCACACCGAUUGAUCAAAGAAUGAAGUCUGACACUUCUUUGACUGACGAUAUGACAGACGCUUACAGCCCAUCGAUUGAUCGCAUGGCAAUCUCUGACAUCGUGUUGACCGAUGAUCCGACAAACUCUGACACUGCAUUGCCUGAUCUCACUGCGGAGGCCGACACUGCAACAACUGAAGGCAUCACAGACACUGACCCCACGCCCAGUGACAGAGUGAUUGAUUCUCCCAAUUGGGAUUUUUUUGAGGAGAAUGGUGACUCCAGUUCAAAGCAAGUGCCCUCAAGGCCUGACUGUGGGAUGGCAGAGAGAAGCCUAAGCCUGUGCAGGCUGUUCAGGAGGAAGAAGGAGGGCCCUGGGGCUGCUCCAGCACAGCAGCCUAAAGAGGUGGAGCAGUCCCAGCCCCUGCAGGAGAAUCCAGGCCGAGAUAGGACAGAAGAGCAGGACCCUGCUCGUGGCUGCUGGCACUUUAUAGGCCAGAUGUUUAGGGACUUCAGAGGCACGGCGAAGGCUGAUGUCAGCAACAGGCCAAAUGAGCGCAUGGCAAACACUGACAUCACACCCACUCAGAGCCUGGCUGAUGCUCCUGGUCUGGACUCUUCUGGGGAGAGAGUUGUCUCUGCAAAAGUGCAGGCCUUCAUGAAGAACAUGCAUCAGAGACUCACAGCCAACAUGUUCCCAGAGAACAGACUGUUCAUGGACAUACUGAGGCUGACUGAUACAUACCCCACUGAUGUCGCAUUGACCCUCCUGCGCUGUGCCCCAUCGUGUGACAGAGCUGCUGCAAUCAUGUGGAGGACCAUAGCCUUAACUGAAACAACAGUGGUGAGGGUGCUGCCAACGCUGCUCUGUGUGAUGGAGGACUGGCCACAGCACAGCGUGUCCACCUCCGAUGAGAACAACAAGGACAUCUUUGCCCUGGCUGCAACCAGAGUGGUUUGGGAAAUUCUCCAGAUGAUCCAGUGCCCAGAGGCAUUGAUGGAAUAUUCUCCCCGUCUCCUUGUGGAUCUGCUCUUCCAAGUCUUCAUCAGCACAGAGCAGAUGCCAGAAGAGGUUGACACCUUCUGGAGGAGAUGCUGGGAGGGACACCGCCUUGCCAGGAACCCCAACAGGUUUGCAGUGCUGACUAUGAAGACCCUGCUCUGCCGUCUGCACUUUGAAAAUAUUGUGAUGGCAAUGGAACGGAAGCGUGGCUGGGACACGCUUCUCAACUCUGACACCCACCACUAUGCAAUGGGUUUGUUGGCCAGGGAGAUGCGUCGUGCCUCGAGCCCCUUGUGUUCCCCAGUUGCCCUCUUGCCCAGCCAAGGGGCAGAGCCCCAGCCAACCCUUCCCUCUGUGUCCUGCUGCUCUCUCCAGCUGGAAAAGGACCGGAGCCGAGUGGCUGACCAUCUGCGCCAGGCCCUUCCAUACCUUGAGAGCCCACAGGAGCCCCUGCGAGAGGCAGCCAUCAAGUUCAUUGGGAUUGCCGGGAGGUACCUGAGGGGACAGAAGGAAGAGUUGCAACUCGUCAUGAAUGCCCUUCAACGCAUGACUCAUGACAGCGCUGCUGUCAAAAGCUUGGCAAUCAAAACCCUGAAAAUGCUACGCACUGCAGAGAGACCUCCUUCUUCUCUACAUUCCAGCAGCUUGAAAAUCAGCUCCAGAAUGUGCGGAAUAGAAAGGAUCCUCUGUGGGGCAGCUGCCGGAGGUCAGCGGAGAACUGAUCCUGGGAACCCUGUCUGAUGGGACCACCUGAGCCUGCAGGAAAGACCCUUCUCAUCCUGUUACCCCAGCUUGAGAAUAUGAAAUUCCUCU